AAGUUUCUGGCAGUAAAGCUGUCAUGGCAGAGCUGGGCUGCAGAAAACCCAGCGACUGCACCAUCUCCAGGCUCCUCAGCGUAGUGGAGAGUGAACUCCGGGCUGGGAGAGACAAAGGCGACCCCACAGAGAAACAGCUCCAGGUUGUCUUGGAGGAUGCAACGCUCUGGCAGAGAUUCAGGGAAGUCACUAAUGAGAUGAUCGUGACCAAGAAUGGCAGGCGGAUGUUCCCUGUUUUGAAGAUCAGUGUGUCAGGCUUGGAUCCAAAUGCCAUGUACUCCUUCCUGCUGGACUUUGUUCCGACUGAUGGCCACCGCUGGAAGUACAUCAAUGGAGAAUGGGUGCCAGCUGGGAAACCAGAGACACCGAACCACAGCUGUGUCUACAUCCACCCAGACUCUCCCAACUUUGGGGCCCACUGGAUGAAAGCUGCCAUUUCCUUCAGCAAAGUCAAACUUACCAACAAGCUCAAUGGGAAUGGGCAGAUAAUGUUGAACUCCCUGCACAAAUACGAGCCCCAGGUGCACAUAGUUCGCGUAGGAGGCCCCCACCGGAUGGUGAUGAACUGCUCCUUCCCUGAGACGCAGUUCAUUGCGGUGACUGCCUACCAGAACGAAGAGAUAACAGCUCUCAAAAUCAAGUAUAAUCCCUUUGCCAAAGCCUUCCUGGAUGCAAAGGAAAAAAACCAUUCUAAAGAUGCUCCAGAGACAGUCUCUGAAGGUCAACAUAUGACAUAUUCUCACUUGGGUGGCUGGUUGAUUUCCAGCCCAGACCCAAUGUGUGCCUCGGGAAGCUCUAAUUACCAGUACAGUGGAGCUUUGCCUCUGCCCGCUCCGCAGGCUCCCCACAGCUGUGAGAGAUACUCAGCCCUGCGAGGCCAUCGUGCUGCUCCAUACCCACCCUCCUACAUGCAGAGGAAUCACUCCCCUACAGUUAACUUAUUGGAGAGCUCCAGCAAUAAUCUUCAGGUAUUCUCAGGACAUGACACCUGGACUUUCCCAUCCUCUCCACACACUAAUUUGCUCUCAAUGCCACACACAAAGGGAGGUGCCAGCCCUGGACCCAGCCACUAUCCUUACCUGUGGACAGUGAGCAACAGUGCUGUAAAUGUUGCCAACCCAGGAAAUGAGGUGAACAGCAGCCCUCCAAGUGUGUUUUUAAGGGGUAAUGCCCCCUUACCUGCUGCAUCAUCAGUGCAAAUUCCUCUGCAGGGAAUGAUGUCUGGCAGCAUGGAAACACAAGGGGACGGCACUCUCACCAGACUCUCUGACUCUGCGUGGACAUCCUCACACUCCUUUUAA